AUGCAACCUGUCAUUUUUGGGAUUGUCCUUACCAUGUACCUGGUGGCCGUUAUGGGCAAUGCCCUGUUAGUAAUUGUUGCCCUCUCCGACCCCAAGCUUCAGACCCCCAUGUAUUUCCUGCUCAGCCAACUUUCCUUUAUUGACAUAUUUCUGACAACCAUCAUUGUUCCCCAGAUGCUGGUGCACUCACUGUCUGUGAAUAAAACCAUCUCCUUUAACUGCUGCAUGAUUCAGCUCUUCCUUUUUAUGGCUGUGGGCAGCAUGGAAGGCCACCUGUUGGCUGCCAUGGCCUAUGACCGCUAUGUUGCUAUCUGUGACCCCUUAAGAUACUCGGCCACCAUCAGCCAUCGCCUCUGCAUCACGUUGACCUCGUGGGUGGUCGUCAGCCUCAACAGCCUCCUUUAUAGUGUGUUGGUCACCCGUUUAACUUUCUGCAGCAACCAAGUCACCCAUUUCUUCUGUGACAUCACCCCUUUGCUGAAGCUCUCCUGCACCCGACCGGUGGUCAAUGAAAUGCUAAUAUUUACCGAGGGUGUGGCUGUGGUGGUCAGCCCCUUCUUCUUCAUUUUAGGUUCCUACGCGUGCAUCGGUGUCGCCAUAGCCCACACGCGCUCAGUCGCUGCCCUGUGCAAAGCCCUGUCCACUUGUAGCUCCCACAUCCUGGUUGUGCUGCUCCUGUAUGGCUCUGUGACCCGCAUGUACCUCCGGCCAUCGUCCAGCUAUGACUUGGACCAGGAUCGCCAGGUUGCCAUCUUUUACACAGUAGUUACCCCUAUGCUAAACCCACUGAUCUACAGCCUGAGGAACCAGGAGGUCAAGGGUGCUCUGCGAAGGCUUUUCAGUAAACUCUGCAUCUCAGGAAACUUCCAGCCUGGUUCCUAG